AUGUCCUCCUCUUUUGUUGAUGCUUUAGCUUCAGCUCAAGCACAACUCUAUCGUUAUGGCGGUACUUUUCUGAUUGUCGCUGGUGAUCUUGGUGGCAUUUUCAAUUUGAUUAUGUUUCUACAACCGUCAUUACGGUGGAAUCCGUGUUCCGCUUAUUUCUUGGCUUAUGCAGGUUCAAAUCUGAUUUAUAUCAAUUUUUCGAUGAUAUUAACAUCGCUAAGAGAAGGUUUCCAUGUUGAUCCGUCUGUACAAUCUCUUGGAUUUUGUCGACUAAGAGUGUAUAUGUAUUAUGUCUUUACCGUUUUACCGACAACACUUCUUAUCAUGGUUACAAUUGAUCGAACGUUUAUCAGCCUGUUAACGUACAGAAAUAUUCGAGAGAUGAAUCGUCAUAUUAUGCCAGUGGUCAAUGAACAACCGACAUCCGUGGAACAUCGAAUGAAAGUCAAAGAUCAACAACUGAUUGUCAUGCUACUAUCUCAAGUCCUUGUUACAAUUGUUUGCAUUAUCCCGUUUACUGGUUAUCGAAUGUAUUCACAAAUAACCCAAAAUCAACCAAAAGCAGCUGUUCGACAGUCAAUUGAAAGUUUCGUUCAAGCUUCAUCUGUAUUUGUGAAUUACAUUCCAGCUUGUAUUAAUUUCUACGUUUAUACGUGGACAACACGAACAUUCAGAAAUCAAGUAAAACGAGUCUUGAUAAAACUUUUCCAGUGUUAA